GCAAGAUGUCAGCUCUGUGAGUAGACUACACUUUCUGUUCGCUGUGUUCAGUUUAUAAAGUCUUAUAUUUAUUAUAGACCACAGGCUGUGGUCAGAAACCCUUGUUUGAAAACCAACAUUAUUAUUUUGUUUUCAGUCAUGUGACCAGCCACUUCCUCUAGAGAUCACCUUGGCAAACAUGGCCAGCGGUGGCUCCAGGUGUUCGAACAUUAUUCAGCUUCUGGACUGGCAGGUCUUUGAAAACCAUUACGUCAUGGUGAUGGAGCGGCCUAGUCCAAGCAUGGACCUGGAGGCAUUCCUUGAAGUCAGCGGAGGAGUCCUCAGUGAGAAAACAGCACAUACCAUCAUGAGGCAAGCUGUUUAUGCGGCCAACGUGUGCUGUUACCGCGGGGUGUUCCACCGGGACAUUAAGCUUCAAAACCUGCUGGUGAACCCCGACACACUGGAAGUCAAGCUGAUCGACUUCGGGUGUGGAGACUUCAUGAUGGAAUCAGCCUACAGUAUCUUCUCUGGCACAGAAGCGUACAUCCCGCCAGAGUUUUAUGAAAAAGGAUGCUACCGGGCCAAACCAGCGACGGUCUAUUCACUUGGGGUUCUUCUGUUCACAAUGCUCCAUGGAGAAUUCCCAUCAGCGUAUGACCUGUACUACCUCCAACAUGACUGGUCCAAAUUUACCCUCUCUCAAGGUGAGAUGUUCAUCAAAGAACAAUUAAGUGAAACAGCUUAAUAAUAAUAAUAACAAUAACCUCACCUCUCCAUUUCUUCUUCACAGAAUGCUGUGAUAUGAUGAGGGCUUGUCUGCAUGAGAAUCCAGAGUGCAGAAUUCCUCUAGAAGAGAUGCCUUACCACGACUGGUCCAUGCUGGAGUUCUGAGUCACAUUAGCAGAAUGUUUUGUAUAUUUGAUUUUUGUACAUGUCUGUAAUAAAGAUAUACUUUAUUGAA